AUGUCAUCAUUUCCAUGGAGUGUGAAACUGCUUCAACUAAGCCGAAACCAUUUUUCCAGUUUCUUGCCUCAGAAUCUUUCAAAUUUCAGGCAGCUUCAAUACCUUGAUCUCCAUGACAAUAACUUCACCGGUGAAAUCCCUAAGUUUGUACGUGACCUCUCUUUUAUCCAAAUUUUGAAUCUUAGAAGAAAUACUACAAUUUCCUCUGCUUCCACAUUCUUACGGUCGUGGAACUCCUCUGAUAUUUCCAGUUGCUGUCAAUGGGAAAGAGUUUACUGCGAUUCGCAGCAGGUGAUUACCGAUCUUCAACUCGAAAAUAUUACUCAGUUAGUGGCAUAUGGAUCUGUUGUGACAUCAGAUGUUUUAACUUCACUUUUUCACUUGAAAACACUCACCUCUCUAACCAUUUCUUACAAUGACAUGCACGGUCAAAUUCCACGAGCCGGAUUUGCCAAUCUGACAAACCUCGUCUUUCUUUAUAUGCAUGAAAAUUGUUUCACCGGUUCGAUUCCUCAGUUAUUUUCUUUGAGGAAUUUGGAAACCCUUGACCUAACCAAUAAUCUGCUCCAUGGAACAUUAAAUCUCAACUUUGGAGCGGUUUCAAAUUUAAGGUGGCUGAGCUUCAGUUUAAACUUACUCCGAGGAGAUCCUGUAAAGCUCGGAAACCUCACUAGUUUGGAAUUACUUUCACUGGGAGACAAUAAGUUUUCUGGAGAAAUUCCGUCAUCGCUGUUUGGUUUGAAGGAAUUGAACUUUUUGGAUUUAAGAAGGAAUUCUUUUUCCACGGAGAUACCCAUGGAGAUUGGUAACUUUUCCAAGAUGGUAGUUCUUCUGCUGGGACAAAACAAUUUUCAGGGUAAGAUUCCAGCAUCAAUUCAAAAAAUGAAAAAUCUAGAAAUACUUGAUCUACAAGAUAAUUUUCUCUCUGGCGAUAUCCCGACAUGGCUGUUUGAUUUCAAGAACAUGAUUGAUUUGAUACUCGGAGGCAAUAGACUUUCUUUGGGAAACAAGACUAUCCGACCAAAGAGCAGCAACUCGUUAUCUCUAUUAUCUUUGAGAUCUUGCAAUCUUUCAGGCCAAGUACCCAUUUGGAUUUCCAAUUUGGCUAGACUUAAUUUCUUGGACCUUAGUCAUAACAACCUCACAGGAAAUUUUCCUCAAUGGCUAGCUGAAAAACAACUGUGUUACUUGAUUUUAUCAUCUAAUAAGUUUUCAGGUUCUUUGCCUCCUCUAUUGUUUCAAUCGGAGCAGUUAUAUGUUCUCGUGGCUUCGAACAAUAAUUUCUCAGGAUUACUGCCGGAAACUGUUGGUAAAGCUGUUGAAUUGAUAAUGCUGAUGAUGUCAAGUUAUUGGACUUGUCAAGCAACAAAAUUUUCAAGCAAUGAGUUUCCAAUCUUUAAUCAAACUUCACCUGUGGCUUAUAUUGAUCUUUCCUUCAAUAAUCUCUCCGGUGAAGUUCCUGUAACAUUUCCAUUGAAUGUAAAACUGCUUCAAUUAAGCCGAAACCAUUUUCCCGGUUUCUUGCCUCAGAAUCUUUCAAAUUUCAGGCGGCUUCAGUACCUUGAUCUUCAUGACAAUAACAUCACCGGUGAGAUCCCCGAGUUUUUAUGUCUUCUCUCUUCUCUCCGAAUUUUGAAUGUGAGAAGUAAUUCUUUCAACGGCUCCACUCCGAUGAAUCUGUGGAAUCUUAGUGCUCUGCAAAUACUCGAUUUUUCUGGUAACAGCCUUAAUGGGAAUAUUCCGAGUAGCUUAAGUAAACUCACAGGGAUGACCGAUGAACAUGAUGCCUUUUCUUCACAGCCUAUCAUUAGUGAUUCAGAUUUCUUUUCAGUUCUCUUCAACCAAUAUUAUAACUUGGAAGGAUUUAGAAGGGAAAUUCCAGAUAGUAUUGGCGGUUUGAAAGGCUUAAAGUCGCUGAAUAUUUCUAUAAACAAACUCUCCGGAAAUAUACCAAUGAGUUUUGAGACAUUGGCAAAGUUAUUGGAGCUUACAUACUUGGAUUUGAGCAACAACAAAUUGAAGGGUCGAAUUUCAAGCGGUCCUCAAAUGGACAGAAUGAAUGAUCCAAACUCUUAUGCCAACAACACUGGAUUGUGUGGUAUGCAGCUUCGGGUUCCUUGCGACAAGCCCUCGCCUGAACCGAACCCAACAGAAGCAGAGACUGAAGUUGAGGAAAGUAAGAAUUGGGAAACUUGGUUUUCAUGGAAAAUGGCAGUUAUCGGAUAUCCUUCUGGGCUUUUGUCAACAAUAUUGGUUAUGUAUGUCUCUGGCUACUUCAAUGUCACACCUCAGCAAGGCCAAAGACUCCACGUUGGGCGUAUUUAA